UGAACCUGUAAUGACUGGUUUGUUAGCAUCCCUUUUGGAUCCACGUUUGAAAAUACUAUCUAGCUGGGAUGAAAAAACUCAGGAAGAAGCUAAGGCUGAAUUAACAUGUCAAUUUGAAUUAUUAAUUGCUACAAAUUUAGAACAAACAACAGCAUCAAUAUCCAAAACUUCAAAAAAUAGUGAUAUUCGUUGUGGUCGAUUACAUUCAUCAAUUUUUGGCACUUCUACAAACAAUCUUGACUCUA